GCCUGGAAACAAGGGUUUGAUUUGGGUAUUUCGAAAUUGGUCUUUGAGGAUAAGCAUUUUGGAGAACCUGCAAAUCAAAUUUGGGUGAUCUUGAAGGUGAAAUCUGCAGAGGAUAUCGAAUUCCGCAAAUCAAAUCAGAUUACCAUCUGGGUUAGCAGCAUAUCUUUUUACUCAUAUGCUGAUAUUGCAUUUCUAAGUUCAUCUGAUCGAGGCAAAGGUAUCACUGAUCUAAAAUCUGCUCUUCAGACAAUUUUUGCUGAGACUCUUGUUGAUAGCAAGGAUGAAUUCCUUCAAAAAUUUAUGGUGGAUAACGAUUUUGUUAGAACAAACAUCUCAGAGGGAGAAGUUUUGAAGCACAAAGCUUUCAAGGAGAAGAUUUGUGAUUCUAAUCAGCAUACAGAUUCAUCUGCUUCAAAUGUUGAGGUUGUCCGUUUGGUGGGAGGGAACAUGGCUACUGGGCAACUUUACAGUCAUCUAAUACCCCUCACACUACUACUUGUUGAUGGAAGCAGUCCUAUUGAUGUUACUGAUUCACAGUGGGAGAUGUAUGUUGUGUGUCAGAAGACAACUGAUCAGCAGGGAGAGAUCCAAUAUAGGGUGAUUGGUUUUUCUGCUGUUUAUCGAUUUUAUCACUAUCCUGAUGUUUCCCUUCUAAAGCAAGGAAAGCUAUCAAAGAAAACACAUUGUCCUCGACUUUUGCCUCCUCUCAGUGCUGUGGAGGAUGUAAGGAAAAGUCUGAAAAUUAACAAGCAGCAGUUUCUCCAGUGUUGGGAGGUUUUGAUCUACAUUGGCCUUAAUCCUGUUGACAAGUACACGGAGAACUUUGUUAGUAUUAUUUCCAACCAUGUUAAGUAUGAUAUCUUAGGGAAAGAUUAUGGGACAUCUGGGAAGCAACUUUUUGAUGUACCAAGUGAUGAUCAGGAGAUAUCAUUUGUCAUGUUCAGGUCAGAGGCCAACGAAGCUAGUAAUCACUCGGUAAUUAUUUAGGUUCUUUGUUGUAGGCUUUAUUUUAAGAUUCUCCUGUUGUAGGUUGUGAAGGACCAGUGAUCUAUUGACCUGUAAUUACUGAGAUUAACCAAAGCAAAGUCGAUUGAUUGACAUUCAGUGGAGAUUGUCCACUUCCAAUA